AAAGAUGCAAAUGCAGCAUUACUGAGCAAUUAUGAGGUAUUAUAUCUACUUACAGACUUGAAAGCACAGCAAAGAGAGGCAAGAAAAAAUAAGAACAGUGUUGGACAGCAGAAUCUUAAUACCAUCAUGUAUGAGACACUGAAAUAUUUGUCCAGCACACCCUGCCAGCAUCAAAGUCCUGAAAUAGUGCAGAAGUUUCUAACUGCAAUGAAAUCACAUAAAUUGACCAAAGCAGAGAAGCUGCAGCUACUUAACCAUCGGCCCAUGACAGCAGUGGAAAUCCAGCUGAUGGUGGAAGAGAGCGAAGAAAGGCUAACAGAAGAACAGAUUGAGCAGCUCAUUCAGACAGUAACCAGCAUUCUUCCUGGAGAUCCUGAGUCUGCAACACAGGAGGAGACUAAAAUGGAAGAGGAAGAUGUUCCAAUAGGAUAA